UAAUAAUUCCAAAGAAUAAACCCUAAAACGUAGUAGACCAAGAAGCAUGUAGAAGCAAAUGUCCUAUCAUUCCCGCUAAAACUCCCAACCCAUGUCUGCACCAGAGAACAUCGACUCUCUUCGCCUUCAACAAGCCCUAGCUUCAUGUUCUCAAUCAAUCGCUAAUGGGGACUUUAAGCAAUCACAAGAAUCCAUAUCGGAGCUUGUUCAUUUUCUCGAUUCGCUAUCGGAUUUUAUCUCAUCGGGGACGAACGAUGAAAAAGGAGCAGAGAACUCGGCGUUUGAGGUUCUUUCAGAAAUUUAUCACUACUUAAUUUCACCUUCACUUGACCAGGCCAUUACAGAUGCAUUAGCGUUUGAGCUUCCUAAGGCUGUAGCCAAGUUUGCUUGUGUGUCUACGAGGUGUUUUGAGAAUGCUGAAAGGAUCAUUAAUCAUUUCGUGGAGGUUUGUAGCCCCCGAGAUAUGGUUUCUAUUCUUUGUGAGGCUAUGACUUCUCCAAGCGAUGGCUUUAGCAAUUCCUUCUAUUUUACACCACUAUUAGGAGCUCUUGCAAAAGUUUUUGAGGCCCUCAAGAGAAGACCAUUUGAGCAAGUAAAAGCAUCCCUUCCCGUUGUCCUGAAGGUUCUAGAAGCCAUCUUAUCAGAUCCAGAAGAGGAUGAAGAUAUGGAUUUAAUCAAUAAAGCAAUAUUAAUCGCUCAUUCUCUUAACACAAUCUGCAUAAAACUAGAUCAAAAAGAUGAGAAGCUUUUUGCUUUAUUUGGCUUGUAUGUCUUGCAAAUUACAGCUCUUAUUUCAAAUAGUGUGGGAUCAGAAACUUCUAGAUGGUCUCCCAUUAUGUUACAGUUAUCACACUUCCUUCACUACUGUGGUUUCACUUAUCUUGGUCUAAUAACUGGACAUGAAGUGGGCAUGGCUGUUGACCUUAUUUCUCAAGGCGAUGAAGAUGAUUAUAUGAGAUGCUUUUCAUAUGUCAAAUGUGGAGCAGCUAUUACAGUACUUUGGAGAGACCUUUCUAAUGAAGCUUCCAAAGAAGAUUUGGAGGCAGCAGUCAAAGUCAAAGUCAAACUUUGUAGCAAUCAAAUAGAAAGAUGGGAAGCAGUUGGCAUAUUGAAGCAUGUUUAUGCUUCUUCUAAUCUUCCGUGGGCACUGAAAAGACAUGCCAUUGACUUUCUAUUUUGCAUUAUGGAAGCCAUUGACUCUCACUCUCACAAGGAUCUUGAGGAACCCUUAGAUUAUUCGGUCUACAUGCCUAGUCUCUAUGCUGCAUUACAGGCUAUUCAAAAGGUGAUUGUAUAUGCUUCAGAUCCACCGCUGAGGAAAAAAGCUUUUGAUACUUUCAAAAUGGUGCUUGCAGAUAUUCCAGCUUCUUUAAGAUUUGACAUCUUGAUGGCUUUAAUAAAAAACAGCGAUUUAUCCUCCAUGAUUGCGAUUCUUCUUGGUUGUGUCAAAGAAGAAAUGUACAAGGAAUAUCCGAAAAAGGUUUCAGGGCAAAAUAUAGAUGCAAAAGAAGAAAAUAAAGCUGUUCAAAGUACAUUGUCAUUUUGGACAGGUGGUGUUCUUGAUUGUGUGGAGUUUGUCUUAAAGCCACCAAAGGGUGGGCCCCCCUCUCUCCCUGAAUUCACCGAUGCUGUGUUAUCAGCACUGAAUCUCUACAGAUUCAUUUUGAUCACCGAGUCAUCAGGGAAAACAAACUACACGGAAGUGUUGUUGAAGAACAAGUUGCAGAAGGUGUACAGAGAAUGGCUUGAACCAUUAAGAAGUUUGGUCUCUGGUGUAAGUGCUGGGGACGACGAUGGUCAACUGGCAAUUGCUCUUAAUCCUCUAGAGUUUGUUUUAUAUCGAUGUAUUGAACUAGUUGAAGACAAUCUCAAGCAUACUACUACUUAGGCCCCAUAUCAUUUAUGUCCAUCUACUUUUUUUUUUUUUUUUUUUAAAUUUUAAUUAAUACCCACCA